UGCUCUGCAAUGAAAAAAAUAAUUGGCUGGCUGCCUGCAACACAUUUCCACGACCUCCCUCUCUCUCUCAAAUGCCAAAUCAAGAAAACUGAAAAAGCAACAACCAAAAAAAAAAAAAAAAAAAAAAAACUUGCAAACUCACAACGCUUUUUGUUUAUCUAAAAAAGUCUAAACUGACUGCUUUUGCUUUCACAAUUCACAAACAAACGCAUCAUAAAUAUCAAUAUCAAUAUCAAAUCCAACCUUUUACCUCCUCAGGCUGGUACUUGUAUUCUACCACUACCACUACCACUUUUCUCUAUUUACGUGUAGCUCUAACUCUCUCAGCCUCACCCCUCAUUGCUGCUGCUUCUUCCUCUUCUUCUUCUUCGCCGAAUAAUUUGUUGCUAAGUGAGUUGAACAACUCUUGGACUUUCGCUCAGAUGUGGAUAGAUUUCUUUAUGUAAUCGGAGGGAUAAGGACUCUGUACACUUGGCAAUUACUAUAAGCAACACAUAAUAAUAACAAUGGCUCCCGCUAGCAAGGCUGAUAAGAAGGCUUCUGUAGAUGCAGCUGCUUGGAUGUUUAAUGUUGUUACUUCUGUUGGGAUUAUCAUUGUCAAUAAAGCCUUGAUGGCUACUUACGGCUUCAGUUUCGCUACAACAUUAACUGGUUUGCAUUUUGCAACAACAACUUUGAUGAUAGUUGUCCUACGGUGGUUGGGAUAUAUCCAAUCCUCUCAUCUACCAUUCUCGGAGCUUCUAAAAUUUGUUAUCUUUGCUAACUUCUCUAUUGUUGGAAUGAACGUUAGUCUAAUGUGGAACUCUGUUGGAUUCUAUCAGAUUGCUAAGUUGAGUAUGAUCCCUGUAUCCUGCCUUUUGGAAGUUGUGCUGGACAAAAUUCGAUACUCUAGAGACACGAAACUGAGCAUUGCAGUUGUUCUAUUGGGUGUUGGUGUUUGCACUGUCACCGAUGUGAGUGUUAAUACCAGAGGCUUCAUUGCAGCCUUUAUAGCUGUCUGGAGCACUGCUCUGCAACAAUAUUAUGUUCAUUUUCUUCAACGGAAAUAUUCACUAGGCUCUUUCAACCUUUUGGGACAUACUGCUCCAGCACAGGCUGCUUCAUUGCUGUUAAUAGGCCCCUUUCUAGAUUACUGGUUGACAACCAAAAGAGUUGACGCGUAUGACUAUAACGUGUGGUCUUUGAUGUUUAUAAUUCUUUCAUGCACUAUUGCUGUGGGGACCAACCUCAGCCAAUUCAUUUGCAUAGGAAGAUUUACGGCUGUGUCUUUUCAAGUACUUGGUCAUAUGAAGACAAUCCUUGUUUUGAUUAUGGGAUUCUUCUUUUUUGGGAAGGAGGGUCUUAAUUUGCAUGUGGUUUUGGGAAUGAUAAUAGCGGUAGUUGGAAUGAUAUGGUACGGAAAUGCCUCAUCUAAGCCUGGUGGAAAGGAGCGUAGGAGCUACUCACUCCCUACUUCCAGACAACAAAAACACAGUGGUUUAUCAGAAUCUACUGAACUUGAUGGGAAAGUGUAAGGUUCCUUAGGAAAAAUUGAGCAUACAAAGAUAGCUGAUUCCAGGAAGCUGUUGAUUGAGAUUAAAAACCACCCAUUUGAUUCUAAUUAUUUUUGAACUUAGUUUCAUAUCUUUAUUUUUAAAUUUCCCCAUCAAAGGAAUGGAUAUUCCUGGAUGGGCUUAGAUUCCCUACAAAUUUUUCUGUUUCACGAGUAUAAUUUAUAGUAAUCAAUUCUUUUUGUGCUAUUUA